GGGAGCCACCCACGACCGCGACCAGAGCGCUCGAAGAGAGCCUCGCCUCAACGGCAUCAAUCUCCUGCGACCGAGGAACCACACAAAUCUCCGAGUGAGGGCGCCGGGAAGGAUCACCAGCCGGCAUGGGGGAAAUAAGUGGCGACGAAGACGGCGGAGGAGGGCCCUCCUCCCGCUGUGGGGAUGGGAAGCACGCCUCCGGGAUCGUGGGUGCACGACCGGUGGAUUGCGACCUUGCCGACCGAGUGGCAUUCGAGGGCGGCGAGUGGCUUCUCCUAGACGGACCAACUCCGUGCGAGGUAGCAGCGACCGAUGUCCACACAGGACGAGAAACAGGAGCCGCACGCGCAGGCAAUGGUCGCCCCGCCGAACCCCUGAAGGCACAACCUCGCCACCUGCAGGAACGGGACACCGGCGGUGUGGAGCUGUGGCCGCCGGGACCGGAGUGGUCAGAGAAGCUAGAGAGAGAGUUUCAACUCACCUUAGCCUUUUUCCAUCCCUUAUAUCUCAUCGAAUCGAAUCUUACAUGGCCUGGAUAAGGUCUUAUGGUUUUGAUUCACCGACUCUUUUUCCAAGGCCAGAGGAAGAUUUUUUUUUUUGAGGGCAAAAGGCCAGAGGAAGAUGUGCGAGGCACCACGGCUCUGCUGCGGCGCCGGCGACGCGGCUGCCGCAGACGUUGACAUCGACGUCGUCAACACCGGUGGGUGUAGGAGGAUCCCGGCGCGUUCCUCUGUUCUGUUUCUGUUUCCGCACACACAGGCCUCAACGUCACCGGUGCUGGCGACCAUCCUCAAGCGUUGCCUGCACAAUGACAGGGAGAGCGGCAAGGCCGGCCGUUCCGUGGUCCGGGUCCGCGGCAUCACUAACAAUGCCGCUGCCGCGUUCGUCAGCCUCCUCGACCCUGGCAACUACCACGUCCUCCUCCGUCCCUGCAAUCUAAUUCAUUGUUCCAGACGGAGGAGCUGCAGGUGCAGAGGUGCCGAGCUCGUCUGGACCGGCUGGCGACCACCAGCGCACCAGCGACGAUGCCGAGUGGGACGACCUGCGGAUGAAGCGGAUCCUGGUCUGGUCGAUUACAUGCUUCGGAUGUCCUACUAUGAUUCCGCCACCAAGCUAGCUGAGACUUCUGGUAUUGAGCGAGAGCGAUGAUGAUGAAGUGUACGCCCUGCAAGGGGAGCAGCAGGACGGCGAGGGCGAGGAUGCCGUCGAGCCAACUUCUCUCUGACUAUGUAGUUUUGGUUGAUGGAAUUUGUUUCGACACUUCUUUAAUUCUCUGGAUUCGAGAUGGGGACACAUCUCGUGAAUUAUUCAGAUUGUGAAUUUCAAGCCAGAAGUAGAAUUCGUGGGUUACCAAAAUGAUGACAAUCUUUAAGAUCAUGCAUUUGAAGAUGGACUUAUGGUUGUUACAGUUCCUGUCCCCUUUGAGAAUGACAAACCAAAAACCUAUACUUGUAUGAUGGCUUGGCAUUUGUUGAUUGCCAUUUGGAUGUAAUGCUUAAGUUUUUUAAAGAUACAUAAUAGAAUAUAAGUUUGGCUCAA